AGUUUCCAGCAUGCAGGAAACUUCAGAUGACACCCAGUUUCAAGUUGGAGCCACAGUGAAACUUCAGAACCUCAAGGCUGCAGCGGAACACAAUGGCUCUGAAGGAGAGCUGCUCCGAUUCGAUGAGGAGAAAGGACGUUGGGCGGUGAGGUUAGCGAAGGACGGGCAGGUGCUGGGAGUGAAACCAGAGAACAUGCUCUUCAUACGCGCUGCGCCGAAGUUACACAAGCUGGAUUUGGAUGAUGAGGAUGAUAACGAUCCUGCCGGUAGACAGCUGAAGAGAAUGAAACGAAAUUUCGAUCGGAUUGUGAAGAAAUACAACCUGUUCGGUGACGACAAGGCUGGAGAGAUUGCAGACCUGCUCACAGGGAACGUGGAGGGGCUGACGGAGAUCUCACCCAAGGAUUUCGCUCAACGCUACAACAUGACAGAGGAUGAUGCAUCGUCGUUCUUAGCGUGGAUCCAGAUUGGGGUUAGGUUCAAGGAGGAAGCGAUCGACCCGCAUAGCGCUAGCGGCUGCGCACUGGCAGGCCAUCUCAAUAAAGGGCUAUAGUAUCCUC